GGUGACUUCUCGGGCCUUCCGCUUUUCCCAGUCCUACUGAAGCGGCUGAAACGCGCGAGGACGCGCGGUCCAAGCCGGUGCAAUGGGCCUGCAAGCCCUGCCCGCGCCUCUCCUGCUGAUCUUCCUGCGGACCGUGGCUGCUCUGGGACCAGCGCCGCGGCGACCUUGGCAGGAGGGCCAGCCCGGCGUGUAUACACCAGGGCUCCGCGAAGGCCGGGGGACAUUUGGCGGAGCCUACGUCCCGCAGGACCGAGGCGGGGUUUUCCCCCGAAAACCAAUCGCGCCGGCAUCAGCGGGUGUGAAGGGGAACUGAAUUCUACCCACCCUCGCGCCUUUUGAUGCGUUGCGGGAUGGAGAGAGAUCAGCCCCUGUCCUUACUGACUCUUGGCGAUUGUUCUUUUGCCUGUAAAAAGUGUUGUUUUUGAACUUUUUAAUUGAACUUACACUUCUUUUCAGCAGGGGCUUCUUGAUUUGCAAUGUCGAUAGUACUGUAAAAUUAACAGGCCUUUACUAAAGAAUGCCACCGUGAUAAUAAUUAACAUUUAAGUAAUGAACUCCGUUUUAAAUUACCUUCAUAUCUGUGAUCUUUUUUGUACCGUCUAUGCAUUUGGGAGGUAGGAGCUAUUCAUAGGUGUUUUAUUAGUCAACUGGUCUUUAGGUUAAAUAACUUACCCAGGUUACCAAGGUUUUAGGCAACCUGGUUUUCUGAUCAGUGAAAUACUGCCAUUGUUUCUAAUCUUAGCUGAAGGUGAAUAUGCACUCAUUAAUGUCUAGCACAGCACUCAGCACUUUACAUGUUAGCAAAUAGCCUCACUUGGAGGAUAGAUAGUGUGUGUACCCACAUUUUUAUAGAUAAAGAAUGACACAUCAUCUGCUCGCUGGUAACUUUGUUCAUUGUGACCCUGGGCUUUUAAGGCAGGGCCCAAUUCUGCAGUUCAUAGCUGCUAUUCCAGAACAUCAGAGCACAGUAGAGGUUGAAUCAUAAAAUCUGAUGUUGGACAGAAUUAGAGGUCACAAGUGUAAAAGGAUAGUCCAGGGGGUGGCAGGGAGCCAAGCCAAUAACAAAUAUUCUGAUGUUUUUGCAUUCCAGUGGGGGAUAACAAACCAACCAACCAAAGGCUGCAGAACAUUAGGUAAUAACUGGUGUGCUGAAGGCGAGUGAAGCAGGGAGGCCUGCGCAGGUCACUCCUUCAGGCUGGCAUUUGAGCCGAGCCCUGAGGGAAAUGGUGAAGCUGAAUGGGCCUGCCAAGUUGAAUUGAAGCAGGGUUUGCAACUUCAACACCUGUGACAUUUUUUGUUAUGGGGACUGUUGUGGGCAUUAUAGGGUGUCUACAGCAUACCAGGCCUUUAUCCACUGGAUGUUAGCACUCCCCUACUUUUGACAACCAAAAACAUCUCCAGACAUUGCCACAUGUCUCUAGAGAGACAAAAUGUCCCAGUUAAUAACCACAGGGUUAAGAGAAGAGCAAGGAUACUGGUGCAGCAGCAGGAAUAUAGGGCCAGAGGCCAAGAACAGGUGGUGAAUUCAGCAAAAGAGCCACAUCAAGGCCUCUUAAGGACCUUGCAGCCUGAGAUGGAGAUUCUAGCCAAGGAGUGGCAUGAUCUGUUAAAACUUUUAAAAAGACUGCUCUGGCUGAUCUGUGGAAAACAGAACGAAGGAAGUAUUGAUAAAAGAAGAACAGUCAGGAAGCUGUUGCACUAGUCCAGGCAAGACAUGAUAGACUGGGCUGGUGGGAGCAGAGGUAGUGGUGAGAAAUGGUUGUAUUCUGGAUAUCUUUUGAAGUUGUUGAAGGGUCUAUGUGCUGUGGAGAGAGAGAGGAGUCAAAAGCAACUCUGAUAUUAUUUCAUUUUACUUUUAUUUUAUUGGCUUGAGCAAUGGGGUGAUAGGUGAUGCCAUUUCUGAGAUAUUGAAGGCAGAAGAAAGAGCAGUUUGGGGAAAUCAAGAGCCUGGUUUGGGACUUGUUACGUUUUGAGAUUCCAGUCAGUCAUCCAACUGGUGGUGUCAUGUAGGCAGUUGGUGUAAGAAUCUAGACUUAAGGGCCAGAGAUAAAAAAUCUAGGAGUUGUCAUCAAUUUAUUCAUUCAACAAGUGUGUGUUAAGCAUCUACUACAUGUCAGGCACUGUUCUUGGUACUGGGGAUACAUCUUGAGAAUGCUCUCAUUCUGUAAUUGAGGGAGGGUGUAGGGCAACUCUUGCUUGCAUAGAGAUCCUGCCCUUUUUAGCUCACUGGGGCUUCUAUACUUGCUUUGAAGUUGUUUUGAUGCUGAAAAUUGCCCUGACCUAUUUAUCAUCAGAUCUUCAAAGUAUUUGAGAGCAAACAUUUACAGAGGAAAAGAUACAGAGAUAGAAGCAGUGAAAACCCCAAGAGCAAAAUUCCCCUUGACUUGGAUCUAAUUAGCUCUGAGCACCAACUGUACAGCCCAACUGCCAUAGCUAGAAACACAUUGGGAUUUUCUGGAGCCUGCUGGCUUCAGAGCCACACUGUCCUGACCGAGUACUGGGCAGAGGCUGGGGUUGGCCUGGGGGUAGCAGCCACAUAGGCAGAGGGUGUACAAGGAGAGAGCAGACAUAUGGAGGGAAGGCAGGUACUGUGUCUCACUUCACAGGGUGGGCCCAGACACAGCUGGAGGUAUGAGUUGAUUCAGAAGGUGUGUCGAGCUGCAACCUCCCAAUUCCCCCUGCGGCCCAUGGAGAAGGCCUGUUGCCCUCUUCUCAGGGUCACACUCUCUGCACUACCUCUUCAUGGGCGCCUCACAGCCGGACCUGGGGCUUCCCCUCUUCGAGGCCUUGGGCUACGUGGACGACCAGCUGUUUGUGUCCUACGAUCACAAGAGUCGCAGAGCAGAGCCCCGAGGCCAAUGGGACUGGGGUGGGGCCGCCAGCCCACUUUGGCUGCAGUUGAGUCAGAGCCUGAAAGGAUGGGACCACAUGUUCAUCGUCGACUUCUGGACCAUUAUGGACAACCACAACCACAGCAAGGUAACAAAGCUGGGGGUGUUCCAGAGUCUCACACCCUGCAGGUGAUCCUGGGUUGUGAAAUGCAAGAGGACAACAGCACCGGUGGGUUCUGGAAGUAUGGGUACGAUGGGCAGAACCAUCUCGAAUUCUGCCCUGAGACACUGGACUGGAAAGCAGCAGAGCCCAGGGCAUUGGCCACCAAGCUGGAAUGGGAAGUGAACAAGAUACGGGCCAAGCAGAACAGGGCCUACCUCCAGAAGGACUGCCCUGAGCACCUGCAGCAGUUGCUGGAGCUCGGGAGAGGGAUUCUGGACCAGCAAGUGCCUCCUUUGGUGAAGGUGACUCAUCACAUGGCCUCUGCAGUGACCACUCUCCGGUGUCAGGCUCUGAACUUCUACCCGCCAAACAUCACCAUGAGGUGGCUGAAGGACAGGCAGCCAUUGGAUGCCAAGGACAUCGAGCAUAAGGACAUGCUGCCCAAUGGGGAUGGGACCUACCAGAGCUGGAUGGCUUUGGCUGUGCCCCCUGGGGAAGAGCACAGAUAUACCUGCCUGGUGGAGCACCCAGGCCUGGAUCAGCCCCGCACUAUUAUGUGGGAGCCCUCACCAUCUGGCACCCUCGUCAUUGGAGUCAUCAGUGGGAUUGCUGUUUGUUUCAUCAUCUUCCUUAUUGGAAUUCUGCUCAGAAUCUUUAGGAAACGGCAGGCUUCGAGAGGAGCCACAGGGGACUACGUUUUAGCUGAAUGUGAAUGAAGUGCAGCCUGCAGACCUCUUGUGGAGAGGAGACCUAAUUAGGGAUCAGUGAGGGGGUGCACUUGUGGCCUUCUUCAUGUUUCGAAACAGAGUUGGACCUAAUAAAUAGGAACUGUAAGAGGAACUCUGCUCUCAGCCUUCCCUGUUCACUCUCAAAAACUGUCUGCCAUGUAGGUUUUUGAGUUCCUGCAUGCUAGUGAACAGCUGUGACCUCUCCCCACUGGAACUGGUUCAUGAAUCUCAAGCUGCACCUAGAGCCUACCGUCAUUUCCUGCACCAGUUCAGACUCCAGACACCUGUCAUCUCAUCUCCUACCUCUGGAAUAUGGCUCUUUAAAUUUGGGGAACUCAUGAUUUUUUUCAAUGUCUGAGAAAAGCUAUAAAUCUUCUCCUCAGGAUAUAUAUUCUCAUAUCCCCACUGGAAUGGCCUACACAUAUAGGCAUUUCCUGGAUCCAUUCAAGUUUCCUUUUAAUCCCCUCUCUGUAAUCCAAUAAUUCAUCCGUCACAAAACCCUGUGUUCUCUUCCACCAGAGUGUGAUCUGGGUCAUUGUACAGCUUUGAAGGCUGUGCACUGCACAAACCAAGGAGGUACCUUUCCCAGAAGAGGCAUCAUGGGUGAUUGUGUGUAUUAUGAUAGUUUUCCUGAGAGUGGACUGGAAAUGUCUUGAGGAGUGUCUUUUUUAAAAUUUGCAUAAAGGUGUCAUAUAGUUUCCUCAGAUUAAUGAUUCCUGCAUUUACAGUGCCUCUCUGGUAUGCCAGACUGAAGUAGUGUAGUAAUUUUCUACUUGGUCUCUGCUGACCCUCACUACCUUGUUCUGAUAAAAAUGAUAGUAAGAGUGAUGGUGAUGGCAAUAAAGUGGCUUAAAAAGAAAAGCACUUGUUGCCAGACUUAGUUCUGAGCACCUUCUUAAAUUCAUUAUCUCAUGUAAUUCUUACAAUAAUUCUUUGACAUAAACAUUAUUAACCUCUUUUUUUUUGAUGAAAAUGAAGUAGAGAGUAUCUUACAGCUUGGCAGGAAUAGAGACAGUUUUCAAACUGAGUGAGUCUAUCUCUGAUCCAUCUCACACACUACUGAUUUCAGGGUCUAGAUGUGUGGAGUUAAAUGGAGGAGAUGGCUCUGGAGAUGGUGCUUCUAAUCUCGUUGCCUUUAUUGUCAGUGAGCUUGAACCAAAUGAAGGGAAAACAGCCAAAAAUCUCAGCCAUUGCUUCCUCUCCAACCCUGGAGUGUGACUCCCUUACGCCUCUUACCUACACCAUGUUGGAGGACCAGUCCACUCUGCCUGGCGCCUGUCUCUCUUGGGCUCUGAGGCCAAGGUGUGCGGGAUGGUGUCAAUUAGUGGCUGUGUUGGGCCUGACGGUGCUUCUGGAGUCAGAACAGUCGUGGCAUUUCCCUCCAUGAACUGGGAUGACCUCAUAUAUUAAAGGAGCUAAAAUGGAAGUCACCAUGUUGCCUGAAGGGUAUGCCAGCAUCUCCCCUCGAGCCUGGUUUUUAUCCCCAGCUGUGUACAUUAUAAAAAAAUUAACCAGAUCAUUCAGGAAUUACUAGAUUCUGAGGAAGUAAUUCAUCUGUAAUAUUCAAAAGAAUGCUAAAAUAAACACUGAUAUACACCCAGGUAGCAUGCGUUUGCACUGCUACAUACAUUUGGCUAUAUAACUGGAAUGAGGCAUUCUGUGUUGGAGGACAGGUACCCAAAGAAAGCAAAUAAAGCUCAAAAGUUUGUAUGGUAGACAUUGAAUUUGGGCAAAGAGAUCUCAAGUAUUUAAAAAAUUUUUUUCCUGGUUAUGAAAGUUAAAUGGAUAAUAGUACAUGUUAUUUAUGCUUUUAUGGGAAAGUUGAAAUGAAUUAAAUAGAACUAUGAUUCCAUGAGCUAGUGAUAACCUAUUUGUGUUAUCACAAAUAUACUUCUCAGUAUUAUUGCUUCAUUAAAAUAUUUAAAAUCAACAAAUACAUCAAUUUCUAAAAAUAUAAAAUUAAUUGUGUUGUGUACUGCAUGAUCUUUAUAUACUGCCCAUCUUACGUAUUUAAUGGUAUUAUGUGUCAAUACCAUUUUGGGGGACAUUUAUACUGCUAAUUUUUUUACAUUUUGUUUCAUGGAAUAGUUCCUUUUAAUUAUGGUAGCUGAAUUAAUUGUUUUUCCUUGCUGUAGGAACAAUGUCAUUUAAGUUGCAACACAUUGGUCAUUUUACUCCAAACCAUGCUGAAAACACGCUGAUAAAUUCUUUCUUUAUAAAUAUCCUGUACUCAAAGCAGGCUGCCAAAAAGCUUCCCUUGUUCUACUCGUUAAGGACGUUUACAAUUAGUUAGGCAAUGGUUUGCUUUUUAUUGGUUGUAUUUCACACAGGCUGAGAUUUCAAGAAACACCCUAGUCUUACACAGUGACACAUUUACUAACCAACCAUUGGCAACUGUGCCCUGUUAAUCUUUGUUUUUAAAUGGAAAUUAUAAAUCUCUCUUUUCUUUCAGUGUUUCUUAGCUUAAUUUUUCUGGCCUUGUUAAUCCAUUCUUAAGGUCAACUGUUUAUGAAAAAUCAAAGACCUACUUUUAAACUCAUUUUUCCUCUGGCAAAAGCCACAUACCAAGUGCGGUAGUGUGGAGAAGGGUGACAUCUGGUGGCCAUAGUCAAAGUAUGGGGUUCGGGGUUUUUCCUGCCAGAAGAGGUGGAUAGACAAAAUGUCGGACAUGGAGAUCACUUGCUGAGAAAAACUCCUUGAAUAUUUGAGGAAAUAAGUUAUUCACCAGCUAUUUGAAUUGCUGGAAUCACGGAGCACUGUUGAGUUACCUGAGCUGGGUAGAAAAAAGAAGGAAAAACCAACCUGGUAAUCUUUGAAACAAUGUGCAGCAGUUGGUUGAGGCCUAACAGGAUAUACAGGCAAAUUUUCCUUUUAUAUUAUAAUAAUAUAAUCUUACAGUGCCGUGUCUGUUUGAUGUAUUACAAAACAAGUACGCGCACACACAUACACUUAAAAACAACACCAUCUCUGUCAUACUGGAAGGUUCUUAUAAGCUACCGUUUUUAAGCUACAGUUUUUUUCUAAUCCCACUAAUUUAAUAAUGACUAGAAUUUAAAAAUAUAUGACUUUAAACAUUAAUGAUUUUCAUAUGUGUGGACAGGUGUUUGAAAUUUUGAUUUCUUUCUGUAGACUUUGGGUCACCUUUUUUAAUUUUCUCUUUUUAGCCAGUGAUGAACAUGUAGAGUAUUAAUAUAAUAUUAAAUAUUUUUGUGUAACAAUUUUAUUAGAAAGCCUUGACAUCCUGCAUGCAUGUAUUACUCAGCAUGGCAUGCAUGCUGGUUUCUCACAUGUUCUAUUUCUGAGUAAUUAUUUAAGGUCUUUAUUUAUCCAUGUGAGGGAUAUAUUUGGUAUGUUUUAAGCAGAUGCUUCUAUUUCUUGGCUGGAUGAAUUUGCAUUCAUAGUAAAGCCUUCCAUGGCCUGAAUAUUUUCUAAGACUAUUUCUCUUUUCAGCUAUUAAUUAUUAAAUACUAGAUAUCAGACCCUGUUCUGAAUUUUAACUUAAUUCCUUUGAUGAGGUAGGAACUAUUGUUCUGUGACUCUUAUUUUGCUGUACGGAAAUGAAGGAAUAGAAAGGUUAGUUACUUUUUGAAGGUUACAUAGUUAGAGAAUGGUUGUGCUAGAUUUUUAUUCUAGCUAGUCUGACUCCAAGUCAAGCUCAUUACCACUACACAAUAUUUAAAAUUGAUUCAAGAAAACGUGGUGUGGCAUUGUCAACAUUUUUUGAGAUAUUUCUUUAAUUAUCCAUUCUACUGCCUGGUGGCAGCCCCUGGGAUGUUUCCUGCAGUGAGGAAGAAAACUUUAAACAUUUUCUUUGGGUGUGUUUUUUAAAUUUAUUUAUUUUUUUCUGUUCAUACACAAGUUUUAUGGGAUUGGUAGCCUUGAAGACCCUGUGAAUCAUUUCAUUCACCAGUUUUGAGUGAAAAGUGCUGCUAUUUUUAAAAAAUCAAAUAAUGGAUUUUGAUCCAAAGGUUCUAUAGAAGAAUUUUGGAGUCUUCAGUGUACCUUUGUGGGGGUGAAAGUUAGGGUAAGUACCAAUAUUUGUAUAAUCUUCAGUGUAAAUCUUGUCAGUUAACCUUACUCCAUGAGUUGAUUAAGUAUCCUGGAUUUUACUCCUUAAACAGAGUUACCACAAUGGCAUUUUUAUAAAACUGUCAAAAGAGCUUGGCUAUGUGUGGGAGAGAGCACAUCAGUUUUAAAAAUGGAUAUAAGUCAAUGGUCUUUCCUUUGUGUAUGUUUGGGUUCACAGUUUCACCAUUAAAAAAGUGCAAAAUA